AUGCUAAUAACAUGCAGACAACGCCAUAUUCGCUGUGACGAACAAAAGCCUGAUUGCCAAAAUUGUACCAAAACAGGCCGCAAGUGCGACGGCUAUGAUCGUACAGUCUCCCAGAAGCAACUGCACCAGAACGUCUUGCUCUCCUACGACCGCAGCCGAACUUGCAACCCAGAUAGUCGAUUAAUCCUUCUGGAAGGCACUGGCCAGGAACGCGAGUAUAUUGCUCUGUUUUGCACGCAGACAUCGCAAGCCCUCACGGGGUUUUUUACGUCCGAUUUUUGGAAUCGUCUGCUUCCUCAGCUCAGUCAUUCCGAGCCUAUUGUCCGCCAUGCUGUUGCGGCAGUCGGCGCCGCUUACCAGCGGUAUCAGGGUAUUGCUGUGGGGUCUGAACGGACGGAAAAUUUCAUGCUUCAGCAAUACAAUCAGGCAAUUCGGCUUCUGAUGAAGCACCUAUCAGCACCCACGAAUGAACAGUUCGACUUAACCCUGAUUACUUGCGGUCUGUUCAUGUGUCUUGAAAUGUUCCGAGGGGACCACAACAGGGUUCUCGACCAUACAGAGGCAGGGCUGGAGAUACUCGAACGGGCGAUUACAGGGUCUCAGUUUCAGUCACAGUCACAGUCACAGACAGCCGACCAGCAGAAAGUCCGCGAAGAGUUGUCAGAGCUCUUUUUCCGCUUUAAUAUGGAACUGCUCAUGUUUGCGCGGCGCAGCAAACUACUCUCAAUAUUCACCGACCCAAAGUGCCUCCAGGUACCUGCCACAUUCAAGAGCAUCUCGGAUGCCCGCAAGUACUCCACUUCUAUAGGCAACUACACUAUAACCGCAUUCAUGAAAUCGGGUGCUUUCUCCCGCCAGAGUUACCAGCAGGACGAGGGGAAGAAGUGGAUUCGUUCCCAGCUGCCCAUCAUGGAGGCGGCAUACAAUGCGUGGCUUGUCUCCUUCGAGAGACUGCUGCAGACCAAGCAGGGCAAAUCAGCAGAUAAGCGUGCAGUGCUCGUUCUCCGAAUCGAUUUUCUCACCCUCGUCACAUGGUCAUUGGGUAUUAUCCAGGGCCAGGGGAAAGAAACCGACAAGGAUAAAUGGAACGGCCACUAUGCAGAAAUGCUGACUCUGGUAGAGCAGCUCCUGCAUCUUGAGGCACAUUCCAGCGCCGAGCGGUAUUUCAGUCUGGAUCAUGUCGUUGUCCGCGCUCUGCAAUGGAUUGCCACCUGUUGUCGGGAGCCCGUGACAAGACAUAGGGCUUUCGAUCUUUUAGUAGGCAACCAGCGCCAGGAAAAUCUAUGGAACUCUCGUCGGUCAGCCAAGAUCGCUGAGUACUUGAUCAAUUCCGAAGAAGGCAGUCUCUUGUCUCUGCCGGUCGAGCAGAGGGUGCCUCCGGAGCACGAGCGGGUUGCAGCCCUCGUCUUUUGGGAUGAUGCUGUUCCUGGAAAGACUUGGUUGCGAACCAUGAAGCAUGGUCCACAGGGGCAGAUGCAAGUUUCGAUGGAGCUUAUAGAUUGGUCACAAUAG